AAAAUAUCAAUUUAUUGUAUUUUGGUGAUAUUUAUUAAUGGUUUAUAUUGUAAUCCCGAUGCAAAAAGACUGUAUGACGAUUUGUUAAGUAAUUAUAAUCGUUUAAUUCGACCUGUUAGUAAUAAUACGGAUACAGUUUUGGUGAAAUUAGGAUUAAGAUUGUCUCAAUUAAUUGAUUUAAAUUUAAAAGAUCAAAUUUUAACAACAAACGUUUGGUUGGAGCAUGAAUGGCAAGAUCAUAAAUUUCGAUGGGAUCCAGCCGAAUAUGGUGGUGUUACCGAACUUUACGUACCUUCAGAACAUAUUUGGUUACCUGAUAUAGUGCUAUACAACAACGCUGAUGGUGAAUAUGUGGUUACAACAAUGACUAAAGCCGUCCUCCAUCAUACUGGAAAAGUAUUGUGGACACCGCCAGCUAUAUUUAAAUCAUCAUGUGAAAUCGAUGUACGUUAUUUUCCAUUUGAUCAGCAAACAUGUUUCAUGAAAUUUGGUUCAUGGACAUAUGAUGGUGAUCAAAUUGAUUUGAAACAUAUUAAUCAAAAAUUGGGCGAUAAUAAAGUUGAAGUUGGAAUUGAUUUACGUGAAUAUUAUCCAAGUGUUGAAUGGGAUAUUUUAGGUGUGCCAGCAGAAAGACAUGAAAAAUAUUAUCCAUGUUGUGCUGAACCAUAUCCAGAUAUAUUUUUUAACAUCACAUUACGCCGUAAAACAUUAUUCUACACCGUAAAUUUAAUAGUACCAUGCGUUGGUAUCUCAUAUUUAUCCGUAUUAGUAUUUUACUUACCAGCAGAUUCUGGUGAAAAGAUUGCACUUUGUAUAUCCAUUUUACUAUCACAAACAAUGUUCUUCUUGCUGAUCUCCGAAAUUAUACCAUCAACAUCGUUAGCGUUACCAUUAUUAGGGAAAUAUUUAUUAUUUACAAUGUUAUUAGUUGGUUUAUCUGUUGUUAUUACAAUUGUUAUAUUAAAUGUACAUUAUCGUAAACCGAGUACACAUAAAAUGGCACCAUGGGUACGGAAAUUUUUUAUCAAACGUGUCCCGAAAUUAUUAUUAAUGCGUGUACCCAAGGAUUUAUUAAAUGAUUUAGCUGCAAAUAAAAUACAAAAUAAAUAUUUAAAAAAACAUCGUGUUAUUGAAUCAAUGCCAUCAUCACAAGUAUUAUCGUCAAGUUCAUCGUCAUCAUCAUCAUCGACAACACGCCAUCGACCAAGUGGAUGUAAUGGAUUACAUUCAUCAUCGGCAACAAACAGAUUAAGUGGUUUAUUAAGUGGUACUGUUAUGGGUGGAUAUAAUGGAUUACCAUCGCUUUUAUCUGGUUUAGAUGAAAGUGUUAGUGACGGAACAACCACCAGGAAAAAGUAUCCAUUCGAAUUGGAGAAAGCUAUUCAUAACGUAAUGUUUAUCCAACAUCACAUACAACGACAGGACGAAUUUAAUGCGGAAGAUCAAGAUUGGGGUUUCGUUGCAAUGGUAUUAGAUCGUUUAUUUUUAUGGAUAUUUACAAUCGCUUCAAUUGUUGGAACAUUUGCUAUACUGUGUGAAGCACCUGCAUUAUACGAUGAUACAAAACCAAUUGAUAUGGAAUUGUCUUCGGUUGCUCAACAACAAUUUCUUCCAGAAUUAGAUUUUUAAAUUAAAAACUUCAAUAAGAUUUAAGACAAAACAAACACACUUGUAAUAUCAAUA